AUGGCCUGCGGUCUCACCUCGAACGCGACAAGCCGACCCUCCGCGCUGUCAAGACCAAAACUGACGCUUCAGACUUCGUCUUUACCCAUGUCCUUCAGUACCUCAUCAACAGGUCUAUCGCUUUCACUAGCUACUGGGCCCACGGCAUCUCCCACCGUGCGCAACACCUUCAAGAAUGCCUACGACGUUGCAUAUCCGCCUUCGGCAACCGCCUCUCCGUCUCGAUCUUCUAAUCAUCGCUUCUCAAAACCAUCUUCGCCAUAUACGUCCAGCAACCCAUACCAGCUACCCAUUGGGGUGAAAAGCAUCCUGCGCAACUCAUGUUUGGAAUCUACCAAGAGGCGCUCAAACUCAGUCGGCCCGUCCAAUGGUUCAACGACGCGCCGAGUCUUUUUUCCAACAAGGAAGCAGGUCAGCUACCGGUAUCCGCUCGAGGAGGAAAUUAAGACUGUCAAGUACACCGCACGACACUCGGAUCUUGUCUCCGACUCGGAAUCUGGAUCUUGUGAAACAAGCUCCGACGAUGAUUCAGAUUACUCCACUUCUAGUCUCGUCUCAUCCGAUACCACGCCCUCAGACGAAGAAACGAAUACCGAACAAUCCACCGACAAGAAGAAAAAGAAGCGAAAGUACCUCAGCAAUGAGCGCCAAGUUCGCGCAGUUGCUCUCAUGGAAGGAUUGAAGGACCCCUACGCCUCACAGAGUCAAACACCACAAACACCACGGCAAGGCCGCCUCAAGCGCCGCCGCGAGUGGAGAUGGACACUCGGACCACUAGAAGAAGCGGGCAACUCAAACAUCACAGACUCAGGGUCAUCAGUGUCACCACCUCCCACGUCAAACACAAACACCCAACCGCCCAUUCCAUCAGAAACAGGGGAGAACCAAGCUCCGGAGGAACCAAACAACCCGGCCCCCAACACUACCGUGACGGCCCCAUCCAAGCCACCACAAUCUAUUUCAUCUCCGGCUACUUUCCCGGCGCGCAAUGACACCGCAAUGACACCGCUCUUUCAGAACCAUCAGAUUCAAAGCCCUCAGACCCCAAACCGCCCCAAUACCUAG